AGAGUGUGUGUGUGAGUGUGAGAGAGAGAGAGAUAGAGUCGCUGUGAGAGGGAGAGAGCGGCGCUAAUCACAGCCCGCAUUCUCCACAACCGACCUCCACACUGGGGCUGUGCUGAAUGAAAAGACGAUUGUAUUUAUAUAAAAAGGCCAAACCUAUUUCUACCCGGAGAGGACAAGGAAGGUGACACAAGACUUCAACAACAGACCGUGUAGCCAGCCAUACAGACAGCCUGAUGAAUUGGUCCAGUGUAGAACACAUCUGUGGAUUUGAUUAACCAUGGGGUUAGUAAAGCUUCAGAAUCCCACGCAUCCCUCGGUGCUCCUUCACAAAGCCAACCAGAUGCGACUGUUGGGGACUCUGUGUGAUGUGGUGAUCUUGGUGGACAGCCAGGAGUUCCACGCCCAUCGCACAGUCUUAGCCUGCACCAGCAAGAUGUUUGAAAUUUUGUUUCUACGCAACAGUCAGCAUUACACCUUGGACUUCCUUUCACCAAAGACAUUCCAACAGAUCCUGGAAUAUGCUUACACUGCCACACUGCAAGCCAAAGUAGAGGACUUGGACGAUCUGUUGUAUGCAGCAGAAAUAUUGGAGAUUGAGUAUUUGGAGGAGCAGUGUCUGAAGAUACUGGAGACGAUUCAGGCGACAGAUGACCAUGAUACAGACAUGACUGUCACUGAAGAGGAGGAUGGGGGAAAGGCCAUUUUUACCAAGAACAUAUUGGUUACUAAACACCUUUCUGGUGAAGAGGCUGGUUGCCCUGCGAAGCAAGCCAUGCCAACAGGGCCAAUGGAAGACCAGAGUCCGUCAGUCUCCACAUCCUUUGGCCUUUCAGCAAUGAGCCCCACCAAAGCUGCUGUAGAUAGUCUAAUGAGUAUCGGGCAAUCGAUUGUUCAGGGAACUCUGCAACAAGCUGCUGUAGAUGAAGCAUUUUCUGCUGGCAGUAGACAUCCCAUGAUAGCUGAGAUCAAGCAUGAAAUGAUGCAGGUGGAGGAAGGUGCAAGCCCCAAGAUGGGUGACAUGGGUUCUUCAGGGGGAGAGAAGGUACUCGAUGCAGAUAAGUCCAAAGAAGCGCCCGGUACGCCGACUCGUAGCAGCGUCAUCACGAGUGCCCGUGAGAUGCAUUACGUGCGUGAGGACAAUCCUGGGGAUCAGCCUCUUGACGGUGGGUUUGUUGCCCAAGUGGGGUUGGAGAACACCGCUAGUGCACAGGCAGAAAGACAUGCCACCUUAUACCCCAUUCAGUUCAACCGCAGGCCUGACGGGCUGCUGGAGGUUCCCGCCUCCCUCUCGUCUGCCCUGCACGUACAGCCUGCACUCUCCAUGGCGAUGGACUUUAGCGGGUACGCCGGCCUCAUGCCUCAAGGCUUCAUCCAGAGGGAACUUUUCAGCAAGUUGGGCGAACUGGCUGUGGGCAUGAAGACUGAGAAUAGAUCUGCCAGUGAGCGGUGUAACGUCUGUGGCAUUGAGCUGGCCGGGAAUGAAGCUAUCGAGCAGCAUAGGAAGAUGCACAGUGGAAUGAAGACGUACGGGUGUGACCUGUGUGGGAAACGGUUCCUGGACAGCUUGCGGCUGCGGAUGCAUCUGCUGUCUCACUCAGCCGGUGCAAAGGCCUUUGUAUGUGACCAAUGUGGAGCACAGUUCUCAAAGGAAGAUGCCCUGGAGAGUCACCGACAGACACACACUGGGACUGACAUGGCCGUCUUCUGCCUGCUCUGUGGCAAGCGUUUCCAGACACAGGUGGCAUUGCAGCAGCACAUGGAGGUGCAUGCAGGAGUGCGCAGUUACAUCUGCAGCGAGUGCAACCGGACCUUCCCCAGCCACACCGCACUCAAGCGGCACCUGAGGUCACACACAGGUGACCAUCCAUACGAGUGUGAGUUCUGUGGGAGCUGCUUCCGUGAUGAGUGCACGCUCAAGAGUCACAAGCGCAUCCACACCGGCGAGAAGCCGUAUGAGUGUAACGGUUGUGGCAAGAAAUUCAGCCUGAAACACCAACUGGAGACCCACUAUCGUGUCCACACAGGUGAGAAGCCCUUUGAGUGUAAGCUGUGCCACCAGCGGUCACGGGACUACUCGGCCAUGAUCAAACACCUACGUACACACAAUGGUGCUUCACCCUACCAGUGUACAAUAUGCUUGGAUUACUGCCCCAGCCUCUCCGCCAUGCAGAAGCACAUGAAAAGCCACAAGCCCGAGGAUAUCCCACCGGACUGGAGAAUAGAGAAGACUUACCUCUAUCUGUGCUACGUCUAAUCAUCAGAAGGACAACAAGAAAUUAAACAGUGCUGCAAGAGUGGAGAAUAAUUUUUUUUCCAUAGUUUUGAACAUUUUCUGUGUUGUGCACAGUGUGCUUGGAUUACCUCGUGUUGAUCAGCUAAUGUUAUAUUUCCUCAUGCGCUUGUCUCUCUCUAGCCUUGAGCCGGUUAAUUGUGUCAGGCAGUGGUCAAAUGGUUAAGUACUUAAAAGACUGCAAAGUGCCAGGGCAGAGAAAACAAUUUAUUUUCAUUUUUUCACGAAUGUGUGGUCAUUACCAAAACUGGUGUGUUUUGUUUUAGUUUGUUUUUUAAAGAAAGAAAUAAUGACCCUGCCAUGUUUGGUCAGGGUCCAGAUUUAUUCCAAAAGCUACCUCUUUAUUUUAUUGUGCCAAGUUACUAAAGCACAGUGGCAGUAUUUUUGUUUAGCAUUGUUGCCAGGAUCGAUCAUCUCAUGCUUGUAGCUGUUUGCUGUUUGUGUCAGCAAGGUUUCAGCGUCUAUAUGUAACGGGGUGUGGGAAUGUAGCGAAUGUUAGGGGAGGGGGUGCUUUACAAACUGGACAAAGGAUGGGAGAGGACAGAGCUUGCUUCCUUUCAGUUUGACAGCAAAAAGGGAAAUGGGGUUUGCCUUAAAAUGGGUGUCAUGUUAGUGGUCCUCAAAGCUGAUAGUGACCAUCGGUGCCCGACUGGGUUUCUAAGCUGAGAUGAGAACAGGGCAAAAUGAAGUGUUCAAGCUUGAAUUAUAAGAACAGUUAAUGUCGUUUUGUUAAAAUGUGAAGGAACAAGAAAAGAAGAAUCACUUGGGCAGAAUCUGGACAUUUGGUUAUUGAGUAUGUUUACGUGCGUGCGUGAGAGAGAGAGUUAUUGAGACAAUUGACGGGUGUGUAGUGAUGGGUUUUAGCGAAGAAUACACUGAAUAAGGUGGAUGGAGGUAGCAUAGUCCUUGGGGGGGGGGGGGGUUGAGGAAAAUCUGUGAAAUUCAGACACAAUUGAUCAGAUAUUUACAAAAUUGUGAUAUUUUUGUAGUAAUUGUUGGUCCUUUUUGUAAGUUGCGAUAAGUUCCAGCCCUUACCGCC